GCGGGAAUCCGGGCUGCAUUUGCUGGGCCGGACUUUUUGAGUGAGAUCCUGUUUGACCUUUACUGGAGCCCGGUUCCCGGGCGGGGACAGGACGGAGGGGCAGCGAGUGUCGCAGCUGGGGUCAGGGCCGGGGAGGUCUAGUGAGACGACCGAGGUUCCAAAGGCGAGUGUGGAGGGGGUCGGGCUGGCCAGAGGGCCCCGGGGAGCGUCUGGGGAGGGGCCGGUCCCCCAGAGAGGACAGCGGCGGCGCGUCUCUAAUUCAGGGGUUAUUAGCUUGGGCAGGUUAAUGAACUGGGGUAGAAAGAAAAUUGCACCUUUAGUUUUCUCUGUGUGAAAUGAGCAUUUCCUUCCGUGACUGACGGAGUAGCGUUAACAGGGCCCUAAACUAAGUCGUGAUUUCUAAUGGGGAUGAGUGUAAAUGAUGGCUGGAGACACAGUAUCUGCGGCUACUACAAGCCAUCGGUUACACCGAUCCCUGCUGUGACAGGAUGGCAGGAUCUUGGUAUUGCGUCGAAAAAACACUAGUAUAGGAGGAGUUUUUUAUUUUUUUAUUUUUUUGUUUUAUUUUUUUUUAAAGGGCACAAUAUGCUUUAAUAUAGGUAUACACUGUGAAAGAAUUCUCCCCAUUGAGUUAGUUCACACAUCCAUCAUCUCACAUAUUUGCUUUUUUUUUUUUUUUUUUGGUGAGAACAUUUAAGUUCUACUUUCUUAGCAAGUUACAAUUAUACAAUACCGUGUUAACGACUAUAGUCACGAUGUUAUCCAUUAGAUUCUCAGAUUUUAUUUGUCUUAUAACUGAAAGUUUGUACCCUUCACCAACCUCUCCCUAUUUUCUCUAUCUCCCAGCCAACCACCAAUCGACUCUGUUUCUGAGUUUGCCUUUUGUCUUUCUCUUUAGGAGGAGUUUUUUAAAAACAUCUUGAUACUUAUUUCGCUAUCAUUGGGGUUUUUUCUUGCAAUGUGGUGUAUUUCAUUUAAUGCAUGUAAACACUUUAUCUAAUGUGGCUACUUGAAAAUGUAAAAUUAGACCUCGUAAGUGCAGAUUGAUUAAUAACCGAGGCUCAGGAAGGGGAGUGACUUGCUGGCGGUCUUGGAGCAGUGCAGCCGAAUGCAAAGGUCCUGGUGGAGAAAGCCAGACAUGGACCUCGCAAGAUUGGCCCGGCUUUUCUCCGGACUCUGCCCUGUGGGACUGUCCAUCCUCCAGCACCUCGGCCCUCUCAGAGCCAAAUGGGCAGGAGGCAGGGAGGGGCCUGCAUGGCUGAGGGCUGUGGGGCUGACUCGAGCCUGCAGCAGCUCCCCCUCACAGCUGCCCCUUGGCCAAGGGAACCAGAAGAACAUGAGCAGCCUCAGCUCUGACCUGAGCCAGAGUGGCCCCACGGCCGCUCAGGAGGAAGAGGAGGAGAGCUUUGGGACCCUCUCCAACAAGUACUCCUCGAGGAGAAUGUUCCGAAAAUCGACAGCCCAGUUAUAUAACCUACGGCUCAGGGAACAGAGUGGUGAAGAUGAGGAAAGGGGGCUGGAGCCAGAGAUACGGCGGGGCCGGAAAAACACGCCUUACUGGUACUUCUUUCAAUGCAAACACCUGAUCAAAGAAGGGAAGCUGGCCGAGGCCCUGGAUCUGUUUGAGCAGCAGAUGCUGAAGGAGGAGCGACUCCAGCCCCUCGAGUGCAACUACACGGUGCUGAUUGGGGGCUGUGGGCGGGCCGGAUACCUGAAGAAGGCCUUCCGCCUCUACAACGAUAUGAAGAAACGGGACCUGGAGCCCUCAGAUGCCACGUAUACAGCCCUGUUCAACGUCUGCGCCGAGUCCCCCUGGAAGGACUCUGCACUGCAGAGCGCCCUGAAGCUCCGGCAGCAGCUCCAGGCCCGAAACUUCCAGCUCAACUUGAAAACGUACCAUGCACUGCUGAAGAUGGCUGCCAUGUGUGCAGACCUCAGGAUGUGCCUCGAUGUGUUCAAGGAAAUUGUCCAGAAAGGGCAUGCAGUCACAGAGGAGACCUUCAGUUACCUGCUCAUGGGCUGCAUCCAGGACAAGAAGACAGGUUUCCGAUACGCCCUACAGGUGUGGAGGCAGAUGCUGAGUCUGGGGCUCCAGCCGAGCCAGCAUGGCUACAACCUACUCCUGGGGGCAGCUCGAGACUGCGGCUUGGGGGACCCAGAGGUGGCCUCAGCACUGCUCCUGAGGCCCAGGGAGGAGACGGUCAUGCUCCAGCCUCUGGCACGUGGGUUUCGGGCAAAGAGGAGAGCCCGGGCCUGGCUGGGCAACGGCAUGUCAGUCAGGCUGCAUGUGGAGGCCCUGGAGAGACAGCUGUUUCUGGAACCUUCUCAGGUGCUUGAGGGCCUUCCAGAGCCUUGCGAAGCCAGAGCCCCCAGCAAGGCCCAGCCUGAGGUGGAAACUAAGAAGGAGCCCGAACACAUGGUGGCCCUCACUUCCUUGGCCCCAGAACCUUCUUGCUGGGGGCUGGAGGCCAACCUCCUGACCUUGGGAGCAGUUCCCCCAGCUGUGGUCUCCUUUGGGACUGUGACCACCCCAGCUGACAGGCUGGCCUUGAUGGGGGGCCUGGAGGGCUUCUUGGGCAAGAUGGCAGAACAUGGGCUCCGGCCCAACAUCAAAACCCUCACGCUGCUGGCUGAGGUGGUGGAGCCCGGGAGUCCCGCGGAGUCCUCACUGCUGACCGUCCUGGACACGUACCAGGUGGAAGCUGAUGUGACGUUCUUCAACACACUGAUGAGGAAGAAGAGCAAGCUUGGCGAUCUGGAGGGGGCGAAGGCGCUGCUGCCACUCCUGGCAGAGAGGGGCCUUACCCCCAACUUGCAGACCUUCUGCAGCCUGGCCACCGGGUGCCACAGGCCAGCAGAUGGUCUGCAGCUGCUUGCGGACAUGAAGAAAUCCCACAUGACCCCCAACACCCACAUCUACAGCACCCUCAUCAACGCGGCCGUCAAGAAGCUGGACUACACCUAUCUCAUUGACAUCCUGAAGCACAUGAGGCGCAACAGCGUCCCGGUGAAUGAGGUGGUCAUCCGCCAGCUGGAGUUUGCAGCCCAGUACCCGCCCUCCUUUGAUCGGUACAAAGAGAAAAACACCUACUUGGAGAAGAUUGAUGGCUUCCGAGCUUAUUACAAGCAGUGGCUGAAAGUGAUGCCAGCAGAGGAAACCCCCCACCCGUGGCAGAAGUUCCGGACCAAGCACCAGGGGGACCGAGACCCCAUCAUGGAGGCGGAUGUGGACGGAGGCCUCAGAGGCAGGUGAUGGGAGGCGCUGGGGGCUGCGAGCGGAGCUGGGACAAAGGGCAGUGUUUACAGAGCUCUGUGGGAGCCCAGGAGCCGCUCCGCAUCGGGCCUGUGCAUGUGCUCGUGUGGCCUCAAGCCCGAGGAAGGGUCCGGCCCAGAGUGAGGGAUGCAGCAUUUUGCAGGCAUUGGUAUGAGGAUAAACACUGGAUCCAGGGUGCCUGACAAGUUCGUGGCAGGUCCAAGAGCAGCCUGGCCCACCUUGGCACGUCAUCUCUGGUCAUCCUCGUCUGGGAGGUGGUCGUCCCCAUCACGGAUGAGGAAAGUGAACUUGCACACAGUCACACAGCACCUACAAGGUGGAGUCAGGAUGGAGGCCCAAGGGUGACCGGUUUCUAGGGCCUGGUGCUCGCCCACUGGGGUCCACAGUCCGCUGGCUCUCGGAAAGAAUGAAUGCAGGACCCAGAAGAUUUAAAAAUUUUAUUCCUACAAAUCACAGCUGAGAAACACCAAAGCCUUUACAUGUAGAGACCGUGCUCCAACUCAGGCCGGGAGCACUGCUCUGCGAGAAGAGCUGCUCCCAGGAAAGGGGGUGGUGCAACAGGCAGAAACCCACGAAGUCCCAAGUUCAGGGUGAAGACGGGUCAGAGCCUCAGGGCCUCAGCCGGAGCAGCCCCGGCAGCCGCAGUGUGUGCACUCGAUGAUCCGGCCCUGCAACAGAGGACAGCUGAGACGCUGUGCUCCUGCCAUGACCCUCCCCCAGUCCCCCGCAACAAGGGGGGCAACUGGACAUUCACUGUCUACAUAAUACUCCUCAGAAAGUCUUCCGUGACAGAUGCAAUCAGUGCUGCUGACACUGAAGCUAUACCUCUUUGCAUUGAAUUUAUGCACACUGUACAUACUUGACCCCCAAAAAG